AUGAUUCGCUGGGCCGUAGACCUCGCGGGGGUUGACGCGGACGCGGACCUGCAGCGCGAUGACCGCAUGAAGCCGUACGCGGGUCCCUCCUCAGGGCGGAAAGAAACGUUGAAGCCCGCACUCGUCACCCUUGCUGACCCCACUGCAUCUGGCCCUGUGGGGAAGGUCGUCACGCUGACGAGACAGGAGCUCAGCCAACGGCAGCAGCAGCGCGUGGAGGAGGCGCUGGCAGAGAAUCCGUUUGCCCUAGUUGGAAGCAGCGUAUCCCAGCCAAAGUGCGACGCCGAGGUUGCAAAGGGGGUGGAGGUUCGCGUGUUCAGCACCUUCACGAGCGUGCAGGGAAAGCGGAGUGUGUGUACGGUUCAGCCACGGCAGGCUCCCUUUCGUGGGGUGGAUGUAGUGAAUGCAUUUCUCCAGCAAAUAGUUGUAUCGGAUGAUCGCUUGUCGGCUCGAUUUUCAGCAAAUCCGCGACUUUAUAAGUUAUACAUAGCAGACGACUUCACUGGUGAGGAGGAGAUGGUGCUCCAGUUGGAUGGGGCGGCCCAAAAUUUUACCUGUUUUGCGGUUCAACCACUUCCGGCGGCGAAGCUGUUUUUGUUUCCACAGCGAACACAGUUGCUGCCGACUGUGGCGGAGGACAUUAACUUGACGGUAGAAAUACGCCCUUUAGACUCUCAGGCCAAAACUGUCAAGCGGCAGGUGCUUGUGCCUGCCGACAUGCUUGCGGAGAGUCUAGAACAAGCCAUUGUUAGUCGGCUUCCAGGGAGUGGGUUGGUGCCUGGUUCGCUGCGCAUCAAGUAUGGGCCGGUAGAGCUGAACAUCAACGAAUACUACAACUUUGGGUCCGGGUGCGGCAACAUGGAUGUGCCAAUAGCCGAGCGGACUAUUUUGUCCCUCUACCGUUUCGGGGUCACGGAGGGGCUGCUGCAAGGACGAAUUCCUGACGAGAACCCUGAGCUUUCUUCGGUGGUGGAGGACAUUUUUAUUGACAUGGACGCCGAGGAGGCGCAGACGUUUCAGCAGUUUGAUGUAAUUCGCAUCAAUCGAUAUGGUGCACGUCAGCAGCGCAUUCUCUGCAUUGACGGGGAGCGGCUGUACACGGUGCGGCCCAACGUGGAUCGCUCAGGGGCGGCCCAGGUAAACGAGGAGAAACCCAUCAUGGACAUUGAGGAGGUUAUUACCUCCCCGACAAGGUCCAAGUACUUGGAGAUUCACUACAGCCGCACCUCAAACCACGAGGACGAUCACAUUGAGUGCACCACGGCGUACAACCGCGCCUUGCUGGAGGAGAAGCUGCGAGUUCUGCGACGAGAGAUGCGCAAGAGGAACGAUGAGGAGCGGCAACUUAAAGGCAACGAGACUGUUUUUUCCCGCAUUUUCGGCCGGCUGCGGUUGGGGUUUCAUAAAAACUAA